CAUAGCGGUUAUCAAUUUGAUGCAGUGCAGAAUGUUUAUGGUAAUGAAAGUGUAUCCUGUUCUGUGUGUUGACAUUACAGCCAAUACUGAUAAGGGUAUGGUAGUUUUACCGAACUGCUUGGAUUCACAGGAGGAUGUACCGGGCUCACAUAGUGAGGCUUGUUCAUCGUUGUCACUCAGUGGAGUUCAGGCUGUCAACAUAAAAGUUGAAGAAUUCUCAGAUAUGGAAGGUGGGGAGGAUCCUGUGCCAAUGACAGUUGUAGGAUUAAAGGCUGAACAUGAGGGCUGUGCACAUCCACAGAAAGAUAUCCCAGGUUCAUGUAGUGACACAUGUCCUACAACUGCUCAUGAUGCAUUUCAGGCCAUCAGUAUAAAAGUUGAAGAGUUCUCAGAUGUUGAGGAGGUGGAGGAUCCAUUGUUGAUAUCCUUUCCAGGAAUAAAGGCUGAACAUGCGGUUGUGCUGAAUGAACAUCAGUUAAUACAUAAUGAGUAUCCAUAUCCCUGUGAUGUUGAUAAUAAGUCAUUCACCCGUAGCAGUAGGCUAAAGAGACGUCAGCGUAUACGUGCUGCAGCCCGAUCAUUUUCCUGUGAUGUUUGUAAUAAAACAUUCAAUAGACAGGGUCAUUUGAAGGAACAUCAACGAAUACAUAGUGGGGAGCGGCCAUAUUCGUGUCAUGUAUGCACGCCAGAAGUGAUACUGUCCAACAUCAAGAUUGAGCCCAGUGACAGCGCACUGGAGCUACAGAUAGCCCUCAAGAAAGCAUGGAGACUGAAGCUGCAGGAGGCUGUUACAGAAUCAAAGAACAGUGUAGAAAAGGUGGCAGAGUCAGUACUGGAGAGAAGCUCAGAAGGAAACACGGAAGGCGGUUCCAUUGUGCUGAAUGCUACCGCAGAAUACUGACAUACAUUGGGUAACAUCCCCAUUUAUGGUCUGGCUGGCAACGGAUGAGGACGCUCAGGAACUAGACUUUGAGAGGGAAAUGAUUGAAGAGAAGACACGUCAGGAAGAAGAAGACAAACGUGGAGCUUGGAAUGAAGUUUUGAUUGAGAUGAUGAAAAGUGUGGGCGUCACGAGUGCUACAGUGGUCCGACCUCAGACUUCAAAGAAGAGGAGGGCUACAAACCAAAUGUUAAACUCGACUACACAGAUGAUGAUGGACACGUACUUAAUGCAGAGGAGGCUUUCAGAUACCUGUCUCAUGAAUUUCAUGGAGAAGGACCUGGCAAAAAUAAAGUGGAGAAACGAAUGAAGAGAACUGAACAGGAGGGUUAAAUGAAACAGAUGAGCUCAACAGACACCCACUCGGAACGCUUAGCCUCUUGCAGCAGAAGCAGAAAGAAAUGCAGUCUCCACUCAUGGUCCUUAGUAGCGGUAAACAAACAUGAGGCAGCCAUCUCAAAAACCAAACUGCAAAUUCUUCAUGAAAUAUACUGGCACCAACUCUGAACUUUGGCGUGGACUUAUGUUUUUAUUGUUUCUUACUGUCUGGAAUAUCGUCUCUAUUUUUAAAUAAGACACAGCUUGCAGCUGCCAACAGUGCCUAUGUGUGCCGGAAGGAAGACCACAGAGUUGAUGUCUCAUUCAGAUGAGUACAGUGGUUCUCCUGCUUCCUUAGGUAACCUGUUGGCACCUGUAAGCUGAAAAGUACAAUUUCUAGUGAUUAGUUGCUUGCUUAUAGGACUUGAGACAGAUGAACAGCCUCUAAGCUAAAACAGACAUGAAGUAAUUAUAUUUGGUGAACAGAGUUCAUGGAGGUAGGCCUAGGCCCACUGGGGCUGUAGUGCCAAGGGGGAAAAAAAAAAGGAAAUAUAUUUGGCCUUACCUGAUUGCAGUAGCAAUAUUGUAUCCUUCCAAGGGAAGAAAGAAGCCCUUGUUCAGUUGUAGACCAGUAUGAAAGGCUGUAAAAUUAUACAAGCAACAGAAUCAGAAGAUGUACAGUCUACUGCAAAUCAUUGUAAAGCUCCACUGAUAUAUCACUGAAACAUUUGUAAUGGGUUAUAAAAGUAACUUGGUUCAUCCUGGUCCGUUGCACUAGUAAUUGUAUGUAAGGGUUUUAACCACUGUCCAGUGUGAUUGAUAAAAGUUGUUUUUAAUUUUUCAUCCUUUACAUGUUUCGCUCAAAAUGACCAUCUUCAGAAGGAUAUUAUCAACAUGUAAGUAAACUACUGUUACAUGUCAUACAUAUAUGUUAUAUCUUUUAACUAAUUAAGAUGUACAUUGAUUUGUUAAAACAUCUAAAAAUUAUUACAAUUAGUCUGCUUACAAAAUAAUGUUCAGUAUUUGUUUUAAUCUAGAACCAGUUUGGUUUCUUGUCCUUACAUUUUGUAAUAAUUUUAGAUGUUUUAACAAAUCAGUGUACAUCUUCAUAUUAGUUAAACGAUAUAACAUAUAUAUCUAUGACAUGUAACAGUAGUUUCCAUAAGUGUUGAUAAUAUCCUUCUGAAGAUGGUCGUUUUGACUGAAACAUAUAAAGGAUGAAAAAUUAAAAACAACUUUUAUCAAUCACACUGGACGGGGGUUACAAAUCUUAUGUGUGUUUAUAAAAGUCCUGUGUUUAAUCCACAUGCGGAUGAUCAAGUGUCUUCUGUAGGUAUACAAAAACUCGAAAGACACAGAGACUCGACCAAUAAUGUCAGAUCAUGAAA